AUGCCCACGAGCGGUUGGACCUCAGCCAAAGAGCGCAGACAGUUGAUCCCAGUCCUCAGCCAGAGGAACCCGAGUCUCCAGAGACGCAACGUUUCCAAGGAAAUGCGCUCCAAGCACGUCUCCACUCACAAUCAAAACGCGUCCAAAAUGAUGCACAGCGACACACCUUUCCCCUGCGGACUGCACUCCCGCUGGGCCUUUGAACUCGCGCUUGGCCCUGGUCCCAUCACUCGCUCCCCUCGCUCCCCCGCCCCUGCAUGGCUCUCCUCGCUCCUCUCCCUCCCCUCGCUUCUCGCUCCCUUUGCUCCCCUCGCUCCCUUUUCUCCCCUCGCUCCCUUUUCUUCCCUCGCUCCCUUUGCUCCCCUUGCUCCUUUUUCUCCCCUCACUCCCUUUGCUUCCUUUUCUCCCCUCACUCCCUUUAAUCCCCUCUCUCCUUUUUCUCCUUCCCCUCCCUACUUUCUCCCCUCGCCCUACUCGCUCCCUUUGCUCUCCUUGCUCCCUUUGCUCCCCUCGCUCCGUUUUUCUCUCCUCACCCUCCUUGCUUCCCUCGCUCCCAUUGCCCCCCUGCAUGGCUCCCUUCAUGCCUCUCUCUCGGCUCCCGCCCGUGUGACUGCAGGUUCAACUCCCCCUGGAUCUUUUCCCAGCAGUGAGCGUCGCGUUUUAUCUGCGCCGUCCCGCCCACGGCUCUAUACAGGGCCGUGCGCCACAGUUUAG